ACAGUCAGACAUCAUGGCAUCCGUUAUCAUACUGCUCUGUAUGUUAUCAUCUCUGCUAUCCACAGUUUAUAGUGUCAAAUGCGUUGAUUGCUCUUACCGAAAUGGAGUUACUUGUGAAAACGAAGACAACAUAGUGGAUUGUAGCGAUGCAGGUUGUGUGACCAUAUCUGAAAGCUGUCUUAUCAACAACUACAUGGUACCGUCAAUAAAAAAAGGAUGUGCUGACGGAAUAACUGAAAGUCAAGUGUUAGCUGUCAAUGACAAAGAUCAAUUAAAAACAACUGUAAACAUUGAAUUUUGUAAUGAAGAACUAUGUAACAAAGGAACACCAUUUGCUUAUGUGGACAACUUGGGUGAACCAACUGAAAAAUAUUGUGAGUCUUGCUACAGAAACAACACAUCAGAUGAAUGUGUUUCCAGAGAUCGAGUGGCAUGUCGUGGAAAUCAGUCUAAAUGUAUUUCCUAUAUAGGAACACUAAACAGAGCAGAUGGCACUACUGGGGAUUACAGUAUCAAAGGUUGUGUUUCCGAUCUGAUCUGCAUACUGAAAUUCGGUUCCCUGCCAGGAACUAUAGAGAUGCAAGAAAAGUUAUUUGCUUGUUCUGAACCUUUAACGGAAGCUAUAGACUGCAGUGGAUGUGAAUAAAAUUACAUUUUAAUGACUUUUAUGCUUGCCAAGUAGUUGCCAAAAAAUGUAGAUUCGGAAACACGAGCAGGAACUGAUCAAAAAUUAUAAAGUAAAAAAACUGCUAUUAACAUCGUAAAACGCAUCUAAAGGGAAGAGAGGAAAUUGACGUUGUCCUGCUUACUCUUUAUGUUCUAUGCACAAACACCAAUUACCUACAGUUGAUCAGAUAUCUCUUUACUAUUAUAACUACUAUUCACAUUUAGCAUUUAUUAAAAAAUGGGAAAUAAAUUCAAUUAGUUAAUUCUUUA